UACAUAAUUAAGCUACUUGUUCUAGUUAAAUUGCAGAAUUUAUGUAUAAAUAACUGGGCCCGAAAUUGGUUUCAAAGAGCAGCGACCACCACUGGCACAGACCUCCAAAUUCACUGAAACGCCCCUGCUUUCCACACAUCCUGCUGCCGCUCAGCAGGGCGACCCCGCGUCCCGAAACGCGCGCACCCCUCCUUGCUCCAGGCGGGACUUCCUUUCUCCUGCGGAUGCGUUCGAGGGAUGAGGAGCGGAGAGAAAGGGCUUGGUCGGGCUGUCACCGGUCUUCGUGUGCGCCUCUGGACAGCGGAGAACUCGGACGCCGCCGCCGCUGCUGCUGCUGCUGAAGCCCCGUAGAUGAGUCUCCUCCUCGGCUAUGCUGUCCUGAGAGCGCCGCGUGUUCCCGCCCCGCCACCAUGUCCGAUGUCCACAAGACUGUCCAGAAGUGGCACGCCAGCUUUAAGAAAGCAACAGACUUUGACUCGUGGGGACAAUUAGUGGAGGCUAUAGAUGAGUACCAAAUUUUAGCAAGACAGCUGCAAAAGGAAGUCCAGGCCACAAACUCACCAGACUUCACAGAGGAGCAGAAGAAAACGUUAGGAAAGAUUGCAACAUGCUUGGAAAUGAGAAGUACAAGUCUGCAGUGCACGCAGUCCAAGGAAGAAUUCAAGUUAGAAGAACUGAAGAAACUGGAAACCAUAAUCAAAAAUAUUCUGACGUACAACAAAGAGUUUCCUUUUGAUGUCCAGCCAGUGCCAUUAAGGAAAAUCCUGGCUCCAGGUGAAGAGGAGAACCUGGAGCUGGAGGAGGAGGAGGAUGCAGCAGCAGGAGCAGGGUCCACAGAGGCGUUUCCCCCGAGAGCUCCUGCUUCCAAAGGUACCCUGUUGCCACGGUUACCCUCUGAACCAGGGAUGACGUUACUCACAAUAAAGAUCGAGAAGAUCGGACUGAAGGACGCCGGGCAGUGCAUCGAUCCUUACAUGACCAUCAGUGUGAAAGAUGUAAACGGUGUCGACGUGAACCCAGUGCAGGACACACCUGUGGCCACCAGGAAGGAGGACACCUACAUCCAUUUCAGUGUGGACAUUGAGAUCCAGAGACACGUGGAGAAAUUACCGAAAGGAGCGGCCAUCUUCUUUGAAUUCAAGCACUACAAACCCAAGAAGAGAUUUACCAGCACAAAGUGUUUUGCCUUCAUGGAACUGGACGAGAUCAAAGCGGGACCCAUCGUCAUUGAAUUGUACAAGAAGCCGACGGACUUCAAGAGGAAGAAGCUGCAGCUUCUCACCAAGAAACCACUUUAUCUCCAUCUUCAGCAGACGUUACACAAGGACAGCUAAGUCCUCCCGACGGAGCGCGACAACCAGAACUUUGCACCUGCGUCGUCGUUCUCACGCGUGCGUCCAGAGAAAACACAGUGUUCACCUCAUCGCCGCAUCCAGCAAUACUUUUACAUCCAGGCUGCUUUUUUUUCUUGAGCAUUUGAUGAAAAGUGAAGGGAACUGAGCCAAACAUUGACCACAUCAGCUCAAGACUGCCAUGUUAGUUUUUUCCAUAUUUUUCAUUUUUCUGCACGUGAACAUCUGUGGCAGGAAACACGUACACACUUCACCUCUAGUCUUCCUUCACUCUUUCAUUGAGGUAAAUAAGGGAAACAAAUCUUUGCCGGUGCUAAAUUUGAGUCCAGGCUUUUUGGACGAUGAGACUUAAAACACUAAAAGUAUUGAUGGCCAACAAUUUGUUUUGCCAAAAUAUGCAGAGUUUGAAUAAAUGACUAAAUAAUUGCCUCAUCAUCAAACCACCACCAGAGGAGCGUUCUUGAGUUCUCGGGCCGGUUUAUAGCGUCAUGAAAUAUGAUCAAAUGAUAAAUUGGGUCUUUUAAAAAAAAACAACCCCACUUUUCUCAAAUUAGCAUUUCAAAUUGACAGAAUUAUUAAUAAUUACAUCAGAACAGUCAGUCAAUUAAAACGCGUCUACAUGUCAUAUUCAUUUCCAUUUCUGUGCUUCCUCAAUGAAUGAAUCUGCGGCCAACAUACUUUUUUGAGUUUUUCACCCUCUCACUUCCAUGUCACCUGACCAUACAUGGAAAUAAAAAAUAAUAAUAAUAAAAAAAAUUCCCCUUCCCUUA